CUCAAGCGUGCCGGGCUAGAUCGGGACUUGCAGAGCCGAGCCGAGCCGAGCCGAGCUCAGCCGUGCCGGGUCGGACCGUGCUGAGCUAAGCCUAACCAAGCCGAGCCUAGCCGCGCCGGGCCGGGAUGCUGCGGUACCUGCUGAAGACGCUGCUGCAGAUGAACCUGUUCGCAGACUCGCUGGGGGGAGAGGGCUCCAAUUCCUCCCAGCUCCUGCUCGGCAUCAACAGCACCAUCGCUGCCCUCCACCUCCCCGGCCUCACCCCCGGCAACGAGUCCCACCCUCAGCUGGAGGACACAGCACCCCGUAUCGUGGAGCACCCCACAGAUCUCCUGGUCUCCAAGGGGGAACCGGCCACCCUGAGCUGCAAAGCCGAGGGGCGCCCGGCGCCGGCGGUGGAGUGGUACAAGGAUGGGGAGCGGGUGGAGACGGACCGGGAGGACCCCCGCUCCCACCGCACCCUCCUGCCAGGGGGGUCCCUCUUCUUCCUCCGCAUCCUCCAUGGCCGGCGGGGGAAGCCCGACGAGGGGGUUUACGUCUGCGUGGCCAGGAACUACCUGGGGGAGGCCACCAGCAGGAACGCCUCCCUGGAGGUGGCCGUGCUGCGGGACGAUUUCCGGCAGCCCCCCGGGGACGUGGUGGUGGCGGCGGGGGAACCGGCCGUCCUGGAGUGCGUCCCCCCCCGCGGCCACCCCGAGCCCAGCGUCUCCUGGAAGAAGAACGGCGCCCGGCUGAGCAACAAGGAUGAGCGCCUGACGAUCCGCGGUGGGAAGCUGAUGGUGGCCAGCACCCGCAAGAGCGACGCCGGCGUCUACAUCUGCGUGGCCACCAACGUGGUGGGGGAGAGGGACAGCGAGCCGGCCGAGCUGGUGGUCUUCGAGCGCCCGGCGUUCGAGAGGAGGCCCCUCAACCAGGUGGUGCUGGUGGAGGGGACGGCGGAGUUCCCCUGUGAGGCGGUGGGGGACCCCCAGCCGGCAGCUCGCUGGCGCAAGGAGGAGGGCGAGAUGCCACCGGGCAGGUGGGAGGUGUUGCCCGACAACACCCUGCGGAUCAGCCGGCUGCGGGAGGAGGACGAGGGUACUUACACCUGCGUGGCCGACAACAGCGUGGGCAGGUCGGAGGCAUCGGGUACCCUCACCGUGCACGUGCCCCCCCAGCUCGUCACCGGGCCCCGCGACCAGACCGUCACCCCUGGCCAGAGCGUGACCUUCCAGUGCCAGAGCAAGGGCAACCCGCCGCCCGCUGUGUUUUGGCAGAAGGAGGGUAGCCAGACCCUGCUGUUCCCCGGCCAGCCCCCACACCCCACUGGCCGCUUUUCGGUGAGCCCCGGCGGUGCCAUCACCAUCACCGAUGUGCAGCCCGGCGACGCCGGCUAUUACCUGUGCCAGGCCAUCAGUGUGGCCGGCAGCGUCCUGGCCAAGGCACGGCUGGAGGUGGAAGGGGCACUGGCUGAGCACCGACCGCCGGUGAUCCGCUGGGGUCCCACCAACCGGACGGUGCUGCCGGUGGGGGCCACCGCGCUGUUGCCGUGCUGGGUGGGGGGCGGUGACCCCCCGGCCAGCGUGGGGUGGUUGAAGGACGGGAGCGCUCUGGUGGGGGGCCAACCCCGCACCAGCCUGAUGGAGAAUGGCACCCUACAGAUCACCAGCCUCCGGGUGACGGACUCUGGGCACUACGAGUGUGUGGCCACCAGCUCGGCGGGCAAGACACGCUGGGGUGGCUCCCUGGAGGUGCAAGGUGACGGAGCUGACUUUUCCCCGCCUUCCCCUGAGCCCAGUGUCCUCCCUGGGCCACCCUCCACCCCCGUGGUCACCAACGUCACCAAAAGCAGCGUCACCCUGAGCUGGAAAGGGAACAAGGACAGCGGUGCCACCGGCGUCACCUCCUACAUAGUGGAGGCUUUCAGCCAGGCGGCGGGUGGCCCAUGGCAGACUGUGGCAGCCGACGUGGUGGGUGAGACCCACACAGUGAGUGGCCUCGUCCCCGACACCACCUACCUCUUCUUGGUGCGGGCAGUUAACGCCUACGGGCUCGGCGACCCCAGUGGCGUCUCGGAGCCUGUGCGCACCCAAGAUGCCAGCCCCACGCAGCAAGGGCUGGACCCCGAACAGGUGCAGCGGGAGCUGGCACAAGUGGCCGUGCACCUCCAGGAACCCGUGGUGGUGCCGCCGGGUGCCAUCCGCCUCUCCUGGACUGUGGAACGCCAAGCACCCUUCGUUCAGGGCUACCGGGUGCUGUACCGGCAGCGUGGCGGGCACUGGGAGGAGGCGCAGGUGGUGCGGGCACCGGGGGAGCGGGGGGCUUUGCUCACCGAGCUGCGCCGGGGCCAGGACUACGAGGUCAAGGUCCAACCCUACUUCCAUCACCUCCAUGGCCCCGACAGCGCCGUGCGUGCCCUGCGCACCCCGGAGGCGGCCCCCAGCGCCCCACCGCGAGCCGUCAGCGUGGCUGGUAACGGCACCAGCGUCCGCAUCUCGUGGCAGCCACCGCCGCCGGCCGAGCAGAAUGGCAUCAUCCGGGAUUACCGGAUCUGGUGCUUGGGCAAUGAGAGCCGCUUCCACAUCAACCAGAGCGUGGAGGGGACGGUGCUGGCGACGGUGCUGCGGGGACUGGUCCCCGGUGUCCCUUACCGUGCUGAAGUCGCCGCCGCCACCGGCGCCGGUGUGGGCGCCCGCAGUGCCCCCAUCCCCAUCCGCAUCGCCCCCCCAGCGGAGCAGGAUGCAGGCCCGGCAGGCGGGAGCAGCGUGGCCAAGCGGUUGGCCGAGGUGGCCAGGCAGCCGGCCUUCAUCGCCGGCAUGGGGGGCGCCUGCUGGGUCAUCCUCGCCGCCUUUGCCGCUUGGCUCUACGGCCGCCGCCGGAGGAAGAAGGAGCUCAGCCACUUCGCCGCAUCCUUUGCCUAUACACCCGCCGGUAAGCCUAUAGGUGCCGCAGGGACCCGGCGCGGCCCCUCACCCCCCUCACCCCCACCUCUUUCUGCAGUUGGCUUCCCGGCUGCUCCAGCUCGCGGCAGCCCCAGGCCAGCUGCCGGUGGUGGUUACCCAUGGAUGGCAGACAUGUGGCGCAGCGGCACAGCCGGUGCCCCCGGCUGCUUGGGGACCCCUGAGAGAUACUACAACGACACUGGCAUCACCCGUUACAUCGCCCAGACGGAGCAAUUCGGGGUGGGGGCUGGUGAGGGGCCGGUUUACAGCACCAUCGAGGUGGGCGGCGAGGACCUCUGCACCUUCCCCCGUCCCUUCUCGCAGCACGGGACCCCCUACCCUGCGGGGGGUCCCCAGCCAACGGAUGCCGCGGUCCCCCAGGCACCCCGUGGCCGGGCUGAGCACGGGGUGAAAGGGAAGAAGCUGGGGCAAGCGGUGAAACCGCCGGCGGUGAGUUGGACGGAGCUGCUGCCCCCGCCGCCCUCGGCCAGCGAGCUCAGCCGGUGCGCCCAAGAGGAGGAGGAACAGGAGGACGAAGAGGAAGAGGCAGCCGGAGGGUUGGGGACGGAAGAGUGGUACCCCGGCGAGGAUGUCCCCUGUGCCACCGCUGCCUCCUCGCCCGCCGCCUCCUCCGGCUGCCGCUCCACCGCCACGCUGACGCCAUCGCCCCGUGCCGCCGAGGACGUCCCCCGCCUUCACAACUUCGACAGUCCCCGCCUGCCCCGGAGACCCCCCCAUGGCACCAGCACCUCUCCACGGGCAUCCAGCCCCCCACCCAGUCCAGCUGUCAGCGAGGGCCACCUACCCCGAGCCCGCCGCCCCCCCGGCACAGGGAAAACCCACGGGGAGACCCCCAAAAGUCGCCUGAAGCCCAAAUGCAACCGCUACCGCCGGGAAAAGCAGCCAGGAGACCUGCCGCCGCCGCCGCUGCCGCCACCGGGGGAGAGCCCCGGCCCCUCGCUGGAGAGGGAGCCGAGCGGGGCUGAGCGCAAGGUCACCCAUCGCCCACCCCGCGGUGACGAGGUCGUCCCUUACGGCAAACCCUCCUGCCUGGUGUCCGGCAGCUGCUCCACCACGGGCAGCGUUUCGUCCCGUGGCUCCACCGGCUCCCGUGGCCACGGCUCAGGGCACAGCCGGACGCCAGGGGUGGACCGUGGUGAAGGGACCGGCCACCGCCGCCGCCCAGGCCCCCCCUUUCCCUGCUCGUCGCAGGAGAAGCGAUGAAGCAGAGGGCGAGCCAGUG